AUGUGGGGAAUAUUAUUGUACUCUCGCCUCCUAAGUAUUAUGACUGAAGAAUUCAGGAACAAUAUGGAAAAACUCAGAGAGGGGGCUCAGAUGCAAGUGCAGGAGACUGAUCAUAUCAUCAUUUGUGGGAUGAAUAGUCAUUUGCCUUUCAUAUUAAAGCAGUUAAAUAAGUAUCAUGGAUUCGCAGUUCGUUUAGGCACCGCCACAGCGAGGAGGCAGAGAAUUCUCCUUAUGGCUGAUCUUCCAAGAAAAAAGAUCGACAAAAUAGCCGUCAGUAUUAGUAAAGAUUUGCGCCACAUUGAUAUCCUUUCAAAAAGUUGCAGCCUAAGAUUAACGGAAUCAUUUAAGAGGGCAGCAGCAAACAAGGCACGCGCAAUAAUUAUACUGCCAUCAAAAGGGGACCGGUAUGAAGUUGACACAGAUACAUUUCUGUCGGUUUUAGCCUUACAACCAAUUCCAAACAUGGAUUCUGUCCCCACCAUAGUUGAGGUUUCGAGCUCCAUUAACAGCGAGCUUUUAAAGUCAAUCUCUGGACUGAAAGUGGCGCCGGUGGAAAAUGUUGCAUCCAAAUUAUUUGUUCAGUGCUCGCGACAGAAGGACCUCAUAAAGAUCUACAGACACUUGCUAAACUAUCAAAAGAAUGUGUUUAACCUUUGCAGCUUGCCUAAUCUCGAAGGAAUGACUUACUCGCAGCUUAGACAUGGAUUUCAGGAGGCUGUUGUGUGUGGUCUAUGCCGGAACGGAAGAAUAUACUUCCACCCUAAUGACGACGAGAUUAUGCAAAAAGAUGAUAAAGUACUACUCAUCGGAUCACUUCAGAAUACUAAAGAUAGGAUGGAAGGCACUGAUAAAAUUCAAAGUCCUCAAGUUCCUGAAAUGAUGGAAUUGAGUGAAACAAGAUUUGCUAAUGUUGUGAAGCGUCCGAAAAAAUCAGGUUCCAAGGCGUCAGACACGAAUCAAGGACCAAGAGAGUGCAUUCUUUUACUUGGGUGGCGACCAAAUGUCAUAGAUAUGAUUCAAGAAUAUGAUAAUUAUCUUGGUCCUGGAAGUGUUUUGGAAAUACUAUCAGAUACGUCAUUAGAAGAGAGGGUUAGUCACAACAAACUACUCAAGAAUGUCCGUGUUUCUCAUAGGAUUGGAAAUCCUAUGGACUAUGAGACUUUAAAGGAAACCAUAUUGAAUAUCCAGAGUUCUAUGAAAGAUGAAGAUAUUACUCUGUCAAUUGCUGUAAUAUUUGACAGAGAAUGGCUUCUUGGAGAUGCAUCCAUGACAGAACAAAAAUCUGUUUAUUCUAUCCUACUUGCUGAAAAUAUCUGCAAUAAAUUUGGGGUUAAGGUCCAAAAUCUAGUUGCAGAGAUUGUGGAUUCAAAAUUGGGAAAACAAAUGAGUAGAAUCAAGCCAUCAGUGACGUACAUAGCAGGGGAGGAACUAAUGAGCCUUGUAACAGCUCAAGUGGCUGAGAACAGUGAAUUGAACGAGGUUUGGAAAGAUAUUCUCGAUGCAGAGGGGGACGAAAUAUAUGUAAAGGACAUUGGGCUUUACAUGAGGGAAGGAGAGAACCCAACAUUUUGGGAGUUGUCUGAGAGAGCAUAUUUACGGAGAGAAGUAGCCAUAGGUUAUGUGAAAAACAACAAGAAGGUAAUGAACCCAAUUCCAAAGUCAGAACCCCUCUCUCUUGAAUUGAUGGACUCCUUAAUAGUCAUAUCUGAACUUGAAGGAGAACAUGUCCAGCACCCUACGCCUAAACCUCCUGCUAUUUUGUAAUGCUUAGCCUUAUUAACCCUCAGUCUUUAAUCACAG